AUGGCGUGUAUUCUUUCGCCACUGCCGAUCGAGUAUAGGAAGGCUAACAGGCGGCCAGGAAUUACAAGAUUACAAUGGGCAACAGGUACAAAUGGACAGAUUGCAAAUGCUGGCAAUAAAGUGACCAUCCUCGAGGCCACUCUCGCGAUCGGCGAGACCGGCGUUGGAUGCGCCGCAUAUGGCACGUACAGAGUCAAAAUACCGACAGAGAACCUUCUGCAAGACUCGGAUCUACGGCUCUUGAUUGAGAAAUCUAAGAUGGUCGAUUGGAGGGACGGAUGGGUCUGCGCUGCGUGUAAUGAAUAUCGUGCUCAAAGAGAGUAUAAUCUCGUGAUGAUAUAUCCCGACGGCGGCGAGGAACCAUGGACUGUCAAGAGCGGCGCAGAUAAGAUGAGGGUUGAGUUGCUUGUUGGGAAUCCCGUGGCAUCUGGCUUAUCCGACGGGAUCCGCAAUGUCGCCCUACUGUUUUGGGCUCUACGCCUCUCUCAGAUUCUUUCCCUGUUUCAUGUACCAAUCAAUCCGCUGUGA